CGAUCGAUCCAAGUUUACUGCGACAUCAGCUGUCACAAUCUCUCCGCCAUCCCCAGAAAGCUUGUCGGUGGUUCCGAAUCGUCUGUUCUGGAGCCCUCGCCUGUCGGACAAGCUCUUCCGGGACUCCAAGCUUACUCCACUGUUGUUUCCCCGGCAUUUCCCACCCCCCGCUAGUCGACUGCGGAGACGUACAUCCCUUUGCGCUACCGACGUUCUCCAGUCCACCAUCUCGCCCAUCGCGUAACCCUCCUCUCUUUCUAGCUCCAAGUUGCCCUCUCGAUCUACUGGAGGGCGUGCCGGUGUGGUCGAAACGGAUCCGGGAACAGUGGAGGAUGAAAGGGACCCGCGACCGAUGGGUGUAAUACGGAAGAAGACCGCCUCGCGCGGCACUGAAGCGGGCACCAAAUAUCACUGUGAUAUCUGCUCGGUUGACGUGACUUCGACGGUCCGCGUAUCCUGCGCCCAUCCCACCUGCCAUGAAUAUGAUCUCUGCGUCCCCUGCUUCGCUGCCGGAGAGAAGUCCAAGAACCAUGACCCGUCAACACAUCCGUUCCAAGUGAUCGAGCAGAACUCGGUUCCGAUCUUCGAGGAAGACUGGGGUGCAGAUGAGGAGCUCCUGUUGUUGGAGGGUGCGGAGAUCUACGGGCUGGGGUCAUGGGCGGACAUCGCAGACCACAUCGGUGGCUACCGCACCAAGGAGGAGGUCCGAGACCACUACGUCAGUGCCUACAUCGACAGCCCAAACUUCCCAUUGCCAGAACGCGCCGACCCGGAUGACAAACGGCUGUCAGAGGCUAUCUCGAAGGAGGAGUUCCAGUCACGGAAGAAACGGCGCAUUGAGGAGCGCAAAGAGGCGGCAAAGGCAGCGCCGCCCACGACACCAAAGCAGAAACCUACGGCCAGUGUACCGGCAUGUCACGAAGUGCAGGGAUACAUGCCGGGUCGGUUGGAGUUCGAGACGGAGUUCAUGAAUGAGGCCGAAGAAGCGGUGCAACACAUGACGUUCGAACCUGGUGCGGGCGAGACAGCAAACGGCGAGACGGAUGCGGAAAUGGAACUGAAGAUGACAGUCGUGGAUAUCUACAACUCGCGGCUUACGGCGCGCACGGAGCGCAAGAAGGUCCUCUUCGAGCACAGUCUCCUUGAGUAUCGCAAGAACACAGCACUGGAGAAGAAGCGCACGAAGGAGGAGCGCGACCUGCUGAACAAGGCGAAGCCAUUUGCUCGGAUGAUGAACCAUGAUGACUUUGAGGAGUUCAACAAGGGUCUGGAGUACGAACAUAACCUGCGACUGGCCAUCACACAGCUCCAGGAAUGGCGCCAGAUGGGGAUCGGCGAUCUCAAAGGCGGAGAGAAAUACGAACAAGAGAAACAGCAGCGAGCGCAGCGACUGGUGCCGCAAGGCUCAUUCGACCGGUUCGCCAGCACGCGACCGGCAAAACAGGUGCAGCAACCUGAACAGCCGACCGCUGCCAGUCAGCUGACAACUCCGGAGCUUCCUCUCCGGCUGCAGAAGGUGUCCGGCACACCCAAAGCGCCGGAGCCUGUCAGUCAGCCGAUGAACGAUUUCGACCGGGCCUUUGCGGCCACCAACGGGGAUGGUGUCAGCACGCCGCAGCCAGCGAAGACCAAGUUUGUGAUUCCGCCACUGAACGGAGUGAUUCCAUGGAAGCUGGAGAACGAAGGGGCGCCAGAUCUGCACCUGCUGACAAAAGAGGAAGUGGAGGUGUGCAACGUACUGCACAUGCAACCGAAGCCGUACCUAGUGAUCAAGGAGACGAUGCUGAAAGAAUCGAUGAAACAGGGCGGCAGUUUAAAGAAAAAAGACGCGCGCACCAUAUGCAAGAUCGACAGUACCAAGUCGAGUCGAAUCUACGAUUUCAUGGUGCACAGCGGCUGGAUCAACAAGAGCUGAGCGUCUAUUGCAUGAGCUGGAUACCACGUAGUUCUGUGCGAGUAUGGAGUUGGCGGCGUUGCGGGGGCGUGGCUAGAUGAUUGAUUGACGACUGAUUGAUUGCUGGAUUUAGCUACCCGUAGAACUUUCCUCUUG